AUGGCGACCAGCGCGCUGCCUGUGAUCAGCAAAGCCCCUUCAAGUUCCGAUCCCGCGGUCUACCAAGAGUACGAGUCGAAAUGGUCCACGUAUCCUACAGACACUGAAGGUUGGUUACAACGGGCGCGAGACGUCGCCGCCGUUCUGGUCGUGGACGCCGCCGCCCGCGAGAAGGCGAACAAGUCUCCCAGGGCAGAGGUGGCGUUACUCAAACACUCGGGCCUGCUGAAGCUUCUCGGCCCGAAAAAGUAUGGUGGCGGCGAGCAGCCGUGGAGCGUAGGCUACAAGGCAAUCCGCGAGGUUGCGAAGGGUGACGGUUCCAUCGGCAUGCUGCUGGGCUACCACCUUCUGUGGUCCCGCACCGCCAACGUCGUCGGCAGCGACGAGCAGGCCGACCGUCUCCAGAAAUUCAUCAUCGAGAACAACUACUACGUCGGCGGCGCCGUCAACCCGCGCGAUAGCGACCUCAAGAUCACGUACGACGAUGAGAAGAUCACAUACAGCGGCUUCAAAAACUUCACGACAGGUGCUGCGGUUUCGGACCUGAUCGUGCUCGAGGGUGCCGUCGAUGGUCGCCCACCCGAGGAGCACAUCUUUGCCAUCGUGCCGACGGCCCAAGCAGGCAUCGUCUUCAGCUAUAACUGGGACAACAUCGGGUUGCGGUUGACCGAGUCGGGGGCUGCCAAGGUCGAGAAUGUGUCCGCACCGUGGGCAGAUGCCCUAGGGUGGGAUGCGAAGACCAAGAAGCCCGACCCGGCAGUGCUUGGGAUUCCGUUUCCCUCGCUGCUGCUUCCCAGCAUCCAGCUGGUCUUCAGCAACUUCUACCUUGGCAUCGCCCUCGGUGCUCUCGACUUUGCCAAGCAGUACACCGUUGCCCACACCAGAGCAUGGCCCUACGGCGGCGAUACCAAAGAAUCCGCCACGGAGGAAUUCCACAUCCUCUCCACCUACGGCAACUUCCACGCGCACCUCCGCGCCGCGGAAGCGCUCGCCGACCGGGCAGGCGCGGAAGCAGACCGCCUGUACGGCACGUACGCGGCCAACCGGGCCGGGCUCACGCCGCAGGAGCGGGGCGACUGGGCCGAGUGGGUGGCCAGCGUGAAGGUGGUGGCCACCGACACGGGCCUGCGGGUGACGUCGGGCGUGUUCGAGGUGACGGGGGCGCGCGCGACGGCGAGCAAGGUCGGCCUGGACCGCUUCUGGCGCGAUCUCCGCACGCAUACGCUGCAUGACCCCGUGGCGUACAAGAAUCGGGAGUUGGGUAGGUAUUUCUUGCUGGGGCAAUCGCCGGAGCCGACGUGGUAUACCUAA